GCUCUCCUUUGCUGAUUCAUAUCACAUUGUAUAAAAGAUGGCUUCUAAGGUUGAUGUGCAAGUUGAGGUGAAAUCCCCUGCAGAUAAGUUCUGGGGAGCCAUAAGGGACUCCACUGAUCUCUUCCCCAAGGUAUUCCCCAGUCAAUACAAGAGCAUCGAGAUUGCCGAGGGCGACGGAAAGAGUCCCGGCACGAUCCGGAUCGUCAAGUAUGCCGAAGGAGUUCCGUUAGUUACAUUCUCGAAGGAAAAGGUCGAGGUGGCCGACGACGCGAAUAAGCUGGUUUCGUACAGUGUGAUAGACGGAGAGAUGGUGAACCUGUACAAGACCUUCAAGCCCACUCUCCAGGUUAUUCCGAACGGGGACGGCAGCUUGGUGAAUUGGUCCCUCGAGUUCGAGAAGGUGAAUGCGGAGGUCCCCGAGCCCGAUCUCAUCCUUGAGACUGCGGCGGAGACCUUCAAGGAUCUGGACGAGUACCUUCUUAAGAAUUAGGGCUAUCAGAAGAAGAACCACCAGUACGGGAGAAUAACGCCGGUUGUCGCAAUGAUUGCUUUAUGAAUGUUAUUGUACUUCAUGCAUGGAUCAUGUCCUUAUGUUAUUAAUGAUCAUCCUUCUUUACUAGCUA